CAAUCGGUUUAAAGAAAGCUAAAAAUCAUGGCACCGGAAACAUCUCAAAAAUAUGAUAAAAUUGUCGGCGAAUCGAUGAAAGAUAAACCAGUGACGGAUUUGGCGGGAAUUGGCGAUGUCUUAGGGGGCCACUUGACGAAAGCAGGGUUUGAUAAGGCUUACACUGUAUUGGGGCAGUAUUUAGUUCUAAAAAAGAACGCGGAAUUGUUUAAAAAAUGGAUGAAAGACACAUGUAAUGUUAACGCCAAACAGGCUGGCGAUUGCUACAAUUGUCUUAAUGGUUGGUGCGAAGAAUUUUUGUAA